AUGGUAGAGUUGUCUCUGAGGAAGGCAAGGACAAAUUGGAAACAGCUAUCGUCUCCCGUCAGGGCCAAGAAUAGAGCUUCGAAUGAUGGGGAAUCAAAUUUUAAGGCCAAUCCAUAUCAAGAUUUGGAAGAGCCUGCGAACUAUGCCCAGCUUCCAACGAUUGGUUCCAAGGAGCGUAAUAAAGUUGGAACUUCGAUGCAAAGGCGGCUUUCGUUUCAUGCACCAAAACAUGGCCCACCAACCACAGACUACGCAGCCGUUCCCCUUCCAAAUAAUCUAGACAUCGAGCAGGCCUAUGGGAAUAAUGUAGCACCAAAUACGAGGAAGAAUAGAUCUCACUCGAAUAUUGCCACCCCAAGAGGUGCCUCGAAGUCAAAAAACUCGCCAACGCAGCUGAAUGGGGUGUCUUUACGUCAAAUCCUGAGCGAUCCCAACUUUGAAGCCAAAGACUACGUGACGACCAGUCUUGGUAAUGCUAGUGCUCUCGAAAUUGAUCAGUUUACAUCGGAGCUUAAUGAUCUUGCGCUCGAGGUCACUGAUGAGGUCAAAGAAAACAUUUCAAAAUCAUAUUCCCAAGUUUUACAGGUCAACAGAGACCUAAGCAGUGCUUCUACGGAGCUCAAACACCUAAGAACAAGUAUCGGUGAACUUCAAGAGGUAAUGGCUGAGUUUGAAACUAUGGCCGAGAAACGGCUACAGCUGGAACGGGCGCCUUCUCAGAGAACACGAUCCGAGCAACAAUCCUCACUUUUACCUGCAGCAAAGGCUUCCCAGAAACGAGAUCGCACAAGCGUUCUGAUGCUUGAAAAAAUGUGGAAAAAUGAGCUGUCUACUUUGUUCAAAGCUGUGGAGGGCGCUCAAAAAUUCAUAUCACCUCUGCCAGGACGACACAUCCUUUUGGAAGCAAGUGAUUGGUACGAAGUCAAUGCUGCUACACUAAAACCUUUAAAAGCCAUCCAUAUCUUUUUACUAAAUGAUAUGAUCAUGAUAGCUGCCAGAAAUCUUCCUAACAAGCAGCAUGAGCUGAUUGCGUGCCACUGUCACACUUUAAGGGACACCACGAUAGAUCCACAGCCUGAAAAUCGAAUUGUAUUGAACUUCGCGAACCGUAGUCAAUGCUUAAUUCAGACGCACAAAACGAGACAGUAUGAUCGCUUAGUCUCUACUAUGCGUGGAGCAAAAGAUGACCUGAAUGUCAUAUCUCAGGCCGAAGAAGAAAACACCAGAAAAAUAAGAGAUUCUUACACUUACAUGCAGGCAACACAUCAAACGCCAGGAAGAGAUCUCACCUUAAGUCCUAGUAAAAGUCACGCUAGAAAUUCAAGCUUAGGGAAUGCUACGCCGGGCCCCAAUAAUGAUUCCAAUGAUUCAUUCCUACUUCAAAGUUUAAGCACUUCGAUGAAGCAUCCUUCACAAGGCACUGGUGGACAAAGCGGCUUAGGCGUAUUAGGACAGCUGGAUGAACAAGUAGAAAACUUUGAUAUUGUGUUUGCAAGACGCAAUUACAAAGAAGCCAUUGCAGAACUUAAGCAGCUAGAAGAGUCAUUAAAGCAGCUGAAUAAAGAGGCAGUGCAAGACAAUCAAGUGCUUCUCAAUAUCCUUCAGUUAAAGGUAUCGCAUAGACAUCAGCUUAUGUCUGGAAAACUGACGCAUCUUAUCUCUACCGAAAUUUCCGAAUUUUCCAACGUCACGGAGUAUGUGCAUGCUUUGAUUUCCUUGAACUAUACCCAUGAUGCUUUAGAACAAUUUCUACAAAAUAGAUCCAAGUACAUCCACGAAUUAACGCUGAAAGUUGGAUUUUUCCAUAAUCCAACCUACUAUCUCGCCCAGAUAGCCGUCAUAAGAUUCCAGACAAUAAAAAAAGUGGUAUCAAGCGUGCAGGAGUUAUUCAAAAAUACUGAAGACAACUUUUCCUCAACCUUAGUGAGCUGGUGUAGCGAUGAAAUUGAUAAGCAUUUCACACUUAUCAACAAACAGUUCUUAAACGUUGAGCUGAUUCCACCGUCUUCCAUUAAAUCGUCCAGAAGGCAAAUCGAUGAAUUAAAGGCUGUUGGUUUGAAUUUUGUGUACAAGCUGGACGAUUUUAUUCGCAAAAAUAGCGAAAGAAUAGGGUGA